AUGGCGGCAGAACAGCCUGGACUGCUGACCUUUGAGCGGCUCGGUGCAACAGGCAACCUCGUCAGAGCAAGGACGAGACAUGAGACGACAGUCAGAAAGAUCGACCCUGAUGACGGCAGCAAGCUGGGUGAAGCGAUUGAUGAAGCCAUGCAUCUCCAAGCAAUCUACGACUUUGAGCUCGAUGUAUCCCACUAUCAUCUCUGUGCCCAAGGCGCAAGCGAACUGGCUGCAAGUCUGAAGCAUACCAUCAAUCUCGCCAAUGCCUAUGAUUGGGUCACUUCCCCUGGCUUCACCCUCAGAGCCUUGAGACUGACCGAUACCAACCUGGAGGACGCCGGACUGUUGACGAUCAUCAUGCGCCUCUUGCGACCCAUGGGGAGUCGGCUGAGAGAACUCGUCGUACCCAACAACGGCAUCCGUCUUCAGAUGCCAACGCUGCAACUGGCGCUCUACGAAGCACUGACAAGACCGACAAGUCCCCUUGUCGUCCUCGUACUGAGCAACAAUCAACUGAGCAAUGGCGGCUUUCAAAAAACGAUGGCCCAUGCUCGUUCAGCCAAUCUCAAGGAACUCCAUCUCAACAUGUGCUCGCUCGAUCUGAGCUCCAUACGCAUGCUGGCCGAGAUGAUCAUCUCUGGAGACUUUGAUCUUGACCGGAUCGAAUUUGCCGGCAAUGAUGCUAGCAAUCAUCAGCGAGUGCUCGAAGAGAUAGGUGACUGGCCAGACGACAUCCAGACGAGUGCCAUGCCGCUUGGCAACAGCGUCAAGGAUCUCGUUGCGCUAGGCCUCCUUGCUUUCGGUGUCACAGCAAAAGUCACAGCCGAACAUCGUCGCUGGGCAUCUGCACUCGAGCGUCUCGAUGAUCGCUCCACACGAGCUUGUCAAAGUAUGGCCAGACAGCUUCUCUGCCUCGCUCGCAUCUGUCUCGGCGAACCUGACGCCGCCUCUGUCAAUCCACCGGGCACCUUUGACUUUCGAGGCUUGCCGGAAGAAUUGCAGCGCAGGAUUCUCAUCGAUGCUGCCUACGAGUACCCCGAAAGGGAUCCCAAGCUGGGUCUAGCGCUUGCACAGACGCUAGGUGCCGGCAUGCAGACGACAGUCGCACCUUCGGCUUCAGCUCUAUCCGGCGAGCAAAUCGCUGCAGUGUUCGUCUAUGCCGCAGAUCGCGAAACUCUCCAGACCGAAAUUGCAAUCGACAAGUGUGCAGAAGGGGAUUAUCGGAAUGCUGGUUCUAAAGGCAUCGGCUUUGUCCGGACGCAUCCCUGGCUGCGCACAAGUAUGGAAGCCUUUUUACGGCUCACGGGUUGCGAUCGCUGGCGCAGACCUUAUGACCAUCUCGAACGUAGACCUUCCCUCGAGCAGCAGUGUGGACGGCCUGUCCGAAAGUGUAUUUGUCCACAAGACCACGAUGCCGAUAUCGGUGAGAGCACAGACACCAUCUUUGGCACCUAA